CCGCCGGCGUGCCCCAGCGCACGAGCGGAACGUCCAUCGGCAGCGAUCGACGUGGGCUGCACACCUCCAGGAUCCUGCGCGAGGUCGAGCAGGCCGAGCGGCGGCGCCAGCGGACACGUGAGAUCUGAUGUGCCGGGCGGGCUGAGCAAGCGCUGAAUAGAAGCAUGUACCGCACUUCCAGGCGCAAGCGUGAACCUGGCUGAUCGCUGGCCGCGCCACAUUGUCAAGGCUGUGGAGAUGAGCAGUCCCGCCGAGACGGAGGAGGCCUACACGACGCUCGCGCCGAACAGCAACCCCGCUGCGCCCUCCGUGGGCGACACGCUGGCUGCGUCCGACUCACAGCAGAAGCUGCAGACUACGCCGCUGCCAGCCCAACAGCCCAGCAAAGCGGAGGAUCCGCGGACCGUUGAGGCGCCAAAGGCAGCAUCGCUCGCCAUCCGUGGCGUGCGCAUCCCGCAGCGGCCGCCGCCGCCGGGCCCCGAGGACUGCUGCAUGUCGGGCUGUGCCCACUGCGCGUACGACAUCUAUGCCGACGACCUGCAGGACUUCCACGCCGAGGCGUCAGCGGCCCGUGCUUCGUUGCUCGCGCUGGAUCCGCCGCUUGCGCCGGACGAGUGGCCAGCCGAGCACCUGGGCGCGAGGCCGACGCAAAGCGCCGGCAAGGGCGCGGCAGGCAUGCCCUCGGAGCAGGCGCGCGCCACCGCCGAGUCCGAGGUCGACGCAGUCAUCGGCGGCCUCGAUCCGACGAUGGCCGCCUUCCUCAAGAUGGAGAAGGCCAUGAAGAAGAAGGCUGCGAGCGCUGCAUCACCGGCGGCUGCCAGCUCGCCGUGACGGCGGGUCCUCCACUGCCUUCGCCCUGUCACUGUGGUCACGCAUAAUGUCACAUCUGCCGGGCCUGCACGCAUGCGCAUCCGAGAGACAGUCGCUGCUUCUCCGUGGGGCAACCAAGCGGGUUCAGUGCCGGAGGG